CGUCUCACCUGACCAGGUGUACAUGUCACGAGAGACAGCACAUCUAAAUGGCGACUGGAGGCGAGUACCUGCCAACAAGAGAAAUAUAAGUGGAGAAAAGAGAGGUUGUUAGAAUUCUGAACACAUAUUGGGAUAUUGGUCCUAGGAAAAAUGUCUUUGUCCAAGAUCCUAACGGAAGAUUUCCUAACGUGCAGCAUAUGUCUUGAAAAGUUUAAACUCCCCAAGGCCCUCGGUUGUUCACAUACCUUUUGCCAGAAUUGCCUCCAAGACCAUUUGGACAGAAAUUUCCAAGGUCAGCCUGGCUUCCCUUGUCCUAUCUGUAGACGUCAGUGUGACCUCCCUAGGGGCGGUGUUAGCAGUUUACAAACAAACCAUCUUGUGAACAGCAUAUCACAUACACUUGCUCAAGUAGAAAAAGCCAAAGCUGCCAAGAAAUGCGAGGUAUGUUGUCUGAAAAGAGUCGUCAAUCCACCAACGGCAACAAAACAUUGUUUGAACUGUGAGGAAAGUAUGUGUGGUGAUUGUUCUUCAGAGCAUGUUCUUCAUAAGUUAAAUCGUGACCACAAACUGUUUCCUGUCGACCAGUUAGGAAGCGACGAAUACGUGACAGAGCUGCGUGCCCGACAGAACGUCCUUUGUGACCACAACAACAAGGACCCCGUAGAAAUCUUCUGCCCAGCCUGUAACAAAUGCAUCUGCGCCACGUGGAGCUUUUUGGAACACCAAGGACAUGAUUGCCUUAGAAUCAAGCCUGCUGCCGGCAAACGCAAGGAAAAACUAGAACUCCUCUUGAGGCCCAUCGAGAAGAAAAGUCUACUCUACGAUCAGUUUAAGACCGCCGCUGAAGACCAGAAAAAUGUCGGUAGAAGCAGGAAGAAAGAAAGCCAAGGAUCAGGUUAACAACCAGAUGGAGCUAGCUAUUAAGAUGGUACGUCAACGCACCGAGGAUCUUCUGGAAGAAAUAGAUGUCAAGUCGAAUGCCAAACUUAAAGUUUUAAAUGCUUUAAUUGCAUCUGCUAUCGCUGAGCAAAAUCAACUGGACGACUUUGUAGACUUCUCAAGAAAGCUCAUAAACCAUGGAAACGACAUGGAUGUUCUGCAAAUGGCAUCCGCAUGUGAGCAAAGCAGCGAGAGCGUCCAGACUCUCGGCAUCCCGAACCUGCCCCCGGCCAUGACCCAGCUUCAGCUUAGUACCAAUGACAUGGAAGAGUGCGUUACCAAUAUCAACAGUUGCCUUGGAGACGUGGUUCCCGCUGCGAGUGGAAGACUGUUGACAUCAUUCAAAGUAGAUUUGGCCAAGUCUCCAAAGGAGAUGAUCAGUCAUGUGACCACUGAUUCAAAUGGUUAUUUUUUCAUUGGUAUUUGGUGUGAUGAUGACAAGUCACGUGACAGAAUCCACAUCUACGAUACAACCUUUGUCCUACAGGGCACAAUUCCCAACCCACGGGCAGCAGAAAAGUAUCACUUUGCUGGGAUUGCCAUUGAUGACGACGGUAACAUCGUCACUAGAUGUCAGGGGUCAAAUGAAAUCAUUGUCUACACCAAGACAGGGGACCAGGUGAGAACAUUCCACAGUGAGUCACCAGAGGCAGUAGCAGUCAACAGCAAGGGUCACUAUGUGGUGGCCGGUCGUAAUACUCUGACUGUGCACCACAAGAAUGGCAAGGUCCUGCAGACGACACCAGACCCAGCAGGUAAAAAUCACAAACACAUCCAAUGUAACGUGAAUGAAGAUGUCAUUGUCACAGAUCCAGAAGGUGAUCACAUUCGUGUAUAUGAUUCCACUCUCCAACUUAAAUACAGAUAUGGUACCCAGGGUGAUGGGGACGGACAGGUGAACGAUCCGCUCGGCACAUGCUGCUUGGAUAAUGGAGACAUAAUUCUGACAGACCUCACGAACCAUCGUCUGCACCUGGUGUCACCAAAUGGAAAAUUCAAGCAGUUUCUUUUAAGCAAAGACAAUGGACUACGCUCUCCGAGAAAUGUUAGUAUAAACCAUUUCGGAAAACUGGUCGUUGGGGAGAGUGGAGGCAAUAUUAAAUUUUUUGAAUUAUGAUUGAUGGAUAAGUUAACAAAGGACACUAAAAAGAUCAUUGAAAUACAGACAGUACCCCACUAAACAUUGUAUCGGCCCAGUUUUCACGCGUUUUGCCCUCGAUAUACCGCUGGUGAACCCAUACAGUUAAACCGGUUGAAAUUCACUUAUUCUAAAUUUUUAAUUUUUAACCUUUUGCAAUGGGUAAUAAACAUUAAUAGCCUCAGGUAACAAAUACUAGUAUAAGUUUGUCUUUCGAUCAGAUCUGAUCAGACAAAAGAAAUUUAGUCACAAUUGGCUCACGACCUACUAUAGCAAGGACAGCCAGCAACAAGGACAUCCAACAAUUAAUAUUGUUCUAGAAAAAAUCAUAACAUCAGCAUAGCAAAGAGGGUGAAUUAUACUGCCUCCUUUAUAAAUAUUACCGAUGAAGGAACUGACUGUAGUAUCAACUUGUGGUACGCUGAUUUUGUGUGUCCAACAUUGAUAUAUGUUACUUGAAGUAUGCUUACUUAGAAAAAAAUAGCUUUCAAUAAUACUCUAUGUUAAUGUUUCAAAAGACCAGUACUUGUUUUAAUAAAA